GCGCGGGGAGGAGCUGACCUGGUCGCGGCUCCUCUUCUCACUUUCUCGGAACGUGACUGAGCUGCUGCAGCUGGCAGCCGGCGGCUUCGGCGGGGCGAGCCGUGGGUGGGAGAUGACGGUCAUUUCCUCCCUGCUUGGCCCACCGCGAGUAUCAACUCCCUUCGCCUCGGGGCCCUGGGACUGCGGACGUGGCAGGAUAUCGGAUAAAAUUUGAGAAAUACACGGCCUAAGAGUUUAAAGGAUUCUCUUUGAAAAGAUCUGGUUGGUGUUGGAGGGUGAAAGAAAAUGAAUUUUUUUUCUGAUUUACCUGCAGAGAACUUAACCAUUGCAGUCAAUAUGACCAAGACUUUGUCCUCAACAGUAGCACAUGGAUUCAAUUCUACUAAUGAUCCACCUUCAAUGUCAAUAACAAGGCUUUUUCCAGCCUUACUAGAAUGCUUUGGCAUAGUCCUUUGUGGCUACAUAGCAGGAAGAGCCAAUGUCAUAACGUCCACACAGUCCAAAGGACUGGGAAAUUUUGUCUCCAGAUUUGCACUUCCAGCUUUAUUAUUUAAAAACAUGGUUGUACUUAAUUUUUCCAAUGUGGAUUGGUCUUUCCUAUAUAGUAUCUUAAUUGCCAAAGCUUCUGUGUUUUUCAUUGUAUGUGUAUUAACCUUACUGGUUGCCAGUCCUGAUAGUCGAUUUAGCAAAGCUGGACUGUUCCCUAUUUUUGCUACACAAAGUAAUGAUUUUGCAUUGGGAUAUCCUAUAGUUGAAGCUUUAUAUCAAACUACAUACCCAGAAUAUCUCCAGUACAUUUACUUGGUGGCGCCAAUAUCUCUUAUGAUGUUAAACCCUAUAGGGUUUAUCUUCUGUGAAAUUCAGAAGUGGAAAGACACCCCCAAUGCUUCUCAAAACAAAGUGAAAAUUGUGGGACUUGGACUUCUGCGUGUAUUACAGAACCCAAUAGUAUUUAUGGUCUUCAUUGGUAUAGCCUUCAAUUUUAUUCUUGAUCAAAAGGUGCCCAUGUAUAUGGAAAAUUUUCUUGAUGGACUUGCAAAUUCUUUUUCUGGAUCAGCCCUAUUUUAUCUUGGCCUGACAAUGGUAGGAAAAAUAAAGAAACUGAAGAAGUCAGCAUUUGUUGUACUAAUUCUUCUCAUCACAGCUAAACUCCUGGUGCUGCCCCUUCUGUGCAGAGAAAUGGUGGAACUCUUGGACAAGGGCGACAGUGUAGUGAACCAUACAAGCUUAUCAAAUUAUGCAUUUUUGUAUGGUGUAUUUCCUGUAGCACCGGGAGUGGCUAUCUUUGCAACACAGUUCAACAUGGAAGUAGAGAUUAUAACUUCAGGAAUGGUAAUAAGCACAUUUGUGUCCGCGCCAAUCAUGUAUGUCUCUGCCUGGUUACUGACCUUUCCCACUAUGGACCCUAAGCCAUUGGCCUAUGCCAUCCAAAAUGUUAGUUUUGAUAUAAGUAUUAUCAGCCUGGUCUCCUUGAUCUGGUCUCUAGCUAUUCUUCUUUUGAGUAAGAAAUAUAAACAGCUUCCGCAUAUGCUUACAACUAACUUACUCAUCGCUCAGGUUAGUAAAUGUAAGGUGUUUAGAACUAUCCUUUUUUCAUUGAUUAUAGUACUAUAGAGGAGAAAAUUACUUUGCUGGGUUUUUCCAGUUAUAAAAUCAGAAAUAUUUUAU